AUUUUUUCCCUCCCUAAUAAAUCAUUUAAUUGAUUAAUUAACCUUGGCCUCUUAAAAAAAAAAAAAAAUUGGCGUCUCAGCUUCCACUAUCUCUCUUUCUAAACCCUAAGCAUUUUGCUGAUUUCACUCUCGUUGUCUUGCAUCACCAUUCUUCAAUCUGUUCAUUGUGUUCCGAUCACAGCUAAGGUCACCGGAGAUGUCCCUAUCAACCUCUCCGACGCAUAAUAAUAGCUGUUAUACUUCCUUUUCAAUUUGGGGUUGCAGAAAAAGUGCUGACGUUGUGAAAUUCCCGAGUUUUAAGCAGAACGCUGCGUUGACUGAAGCACUUGUCACUUGAUAUGGCCCCAAAGAGGAAGCGCCCGAUGGCUGACAAAAAUCUGAAUAAAGGAAAAGCUUCUCUGAGUCAUCCAACUGUCCAACUUGCCAGGCAUCUAGCACAAAUGACUUCUCAAAUUCCACCAAGUUCUUCAUCACAUGCAAUAUCUCGUCCUGCUGAUCCACCUGCCUGGACAUCUGAUGUGAUACCUCCACCUUCAAUGGAAGGGGUACACUCACCAUGUACUUCACAACCAACAAACCUAGAUGCAGGACGUACCCUUGACAGGGCCCCAGAGAACAGAAGUGCUAUUCGCAGAAAGUUUGGUAGGCAGCAGACGGCAGACAAAGAUCAAAUUAAAGGAAAAGCUUCUGAGAGUCAUCCAUCAAUGCAACAUAGUAGACGUUCAGCACAAAUGACUUCCCAAAUUCCACAAUGUGCUUCAUCACAUGCAAUAUCUCGUCCUACUGAUCCAGCAGCUAGGAUAUCUGAUGUGAUACCACCACCUUCAGUGGAUGGGAUACACUCACCAUGUAUUUCACAACGGACAAAUCCAUAUGCAGGACAUACUUUUGACAUGGCCCCAAAGAAGCGGAGUGGUGUUCGCCGAAAGGUUGGUAAGUGGCAGAUGGCAGACAAAGAUCAUAAUAAAGGGAAAGCUUUUAAGAGUUAUCCAACAAAACAACGUACUACACAUCUAGCGCAGAAGGCUUCUCAAAAUCCACCAUGUGCUUCACAACCAACAAAUUCAAUGGAAGGGGCUCACUCUCCUGCAAGGACAUCUAAUGAGACACCUCCACCAUCAGUGGAAGGUGCACACUCACCACGUACUUCACAACCAAUAAAUUCAGAUGGAGGACGUACACGUAGAUCAUUUACUGCAUUAGAGACACAAAUCAAUGAUGGCAAGCCAAUUUUAUACCUUGAUGGACAAGGAUUCUUACCUUCACGUCCUGCUGCAAAUGGGAUUGGGGAUAUCGUCAAGAGUUAUUUUACUGAUCCCUGGCCAUCAUGGAAGAAGAUACCAAGUGGCACAAGAGACUUGUGGUUCGAAGAGUUUAUGGGAAAGUAUUCUGUUUUCCCACCAGAUUACCAUUGGGCAAAAAAGAAUUUUGAAAUGCGAGGGACAAUAUUUUUGAAAAAUAAUCUAAAUAAGGCUCGAACAACAAUGAAUAAACCAGAUUGGAUUAAAGAUGGUGUCUGGGAGAGAUUGUGUGAGCAUUGGAGUUCUGAAGGAUUCAAAAAGAAGAGCAUCCAAGCAAAAACGAAUAGGGCAUCUAACUGUGGAGCAUCUCACACUGGUGGCUCAAUUACCACAUCUCAGCAUAGAGCUAAUAUGAUGAAAGAGACUGGCACCCUCCCUACUCCAUUGGAGUUGUUUCGUCGCAUGCACCAACAUAAGGACAAUACAUGGGUGGAUAGGAGAUCACAACAUUUAAAUGAGGUAUUUACGCGCACAUUGAAACAAUUGACAAAAAGAGCACUUGCACAAGGAAAACCUCCACCAAGUGAGUCAGAUGUAUGGUGCGAUGUAGCUAGAUCAAAGAAAGGGAAAAUAUAUGGGCUUGGAAUGCAACCUAAAAUAAUGGCAUUAUCUCCUUGCUAUCAUGGCUCAUCUUCUUCAUCUACGGAGUGGGUAAAAAAACAAGAGUUUGAUGAAUUGAGAAAAGAGAUGGAAGAAGUUAGAAAUGAAAGAGAUAAGCUUGAAGCCAGAUUUGCAAACACUGAGAGGCUUCUUGAGCAUAACAAUGCUUUGAUACGAGAAUUGAUGGAAAGCAAUGAACACGCCCGCUACUAUAGAGGAAAGUCAAGAUGAAGGUGACGAGGAGUCACUAAGUGAACCAUAGUGAUACCAGAAUUGAUACUAGUUCAUCUUUAAUGUAAUUAUGUCCCAUAUGGCAAAUGUUUUGUACUUUGGAUAUUCAAAUCUUCUACUUUAUCGUGUUAGUAUCUUUUGUCAGAUAUGUCUAUUGACUAGGCGUCUGCAAAAAAUCUAAAUUGAUCUGAACCGAUCCAUAAUUAA